UCCGCGGCGGCGCAGCGUCCUUUCUCUCUCUCUCUCUCUCUCUCUCUCUCUCCCUUUCUGCCUUUCUGUGCCUGAGCUUCUUUCCCCUCCGUCUCUGUCUCGCUCGCGCUCCGAAUGAAAGGGAAGAAGGCUCCCCGCGAGAGAAGGGCUUGGGAGCGGGCUUUCUGAAGGGAAGGCGCCCCUCUUCCGCCGGGCUCCGGCCUUCGCCUUGUUGCUUCCAGGGAGGUCAAGGCGACCAGUGUGAGUGCCUCGGGUGUCCAGUCACAUCAAAUCUUGGGAGUAUUGGCAAGGACUGAGGCAGCAUUUCUCAAGCUGUCUUUAAAAAUCAUGUCUGCCUCAGUUGGACCAAAAAAGGGACCGGGAAGGCAGCGCAAAUGUGGCUUCUGCAGGUCCAACCGAGACAGCGAAUGUGGACAGCUCUUGCUUUCUGAAAACCAUAAGGUGGCAGCACAUCAUAAAUGUAUGCUCUUCUCGUCUGCCUUGGUAUCUUCACACUCCGAUAAUGAGAGCCUUGGAGGUUUUUCCAUUGAAGAUGUGAAGAACGAGAUCAAAAGAGGCACUAAGCUGAAAUGCUCUUUUUGCCAUUGUCCCGGAGCAACCAUCGGUUGUGAUGUCAACACCUGCCAUAAGACAUAUCAUUAUUACUGUGCAUUGCACGAUAAAGCUCAGAUCCGGGAGAAACCUUCCCAAGGCAUUUACAUGAUAUUAUGUCGAAAACACAAGAAAGCGCCACACAACUCUGAAGCAGAUCUAGAAGAAAGUCAAAAUGAGCACGAGUUAGAAGCGUCUCCCCCUAAAAAGAGGGGGCGCAAAGGGAGGCCCCGGAAGACGUCCCUCCAGGGGCAGACGGAAGACGCACGGUCCACGUCGUUGCAUGGCACGGAUGACGUAGAAAGCAGCUCCUACAGAGACAGAUCGCCUCACAGAAGCGUCCCCAACGACACAAAACCUAAGUGUGGGUUCUGUCACGCAGGUGACGAAGAGAACGAAGCUCGAGGGAAGCUUCAUAUAUUCAAUGCCAAAAAGGCAGCUGCACAUUACAAGUGUAUGUUGUUCUCUUCUGGCACCGUACAAUUGACGACAACAUCGAGGGCAGAGUUUGGUGAUUUCGAUAUUAAAACUGUACUUCAAGAAAUCAAACGAGGGAAAAGAAUGAAGUGUACGCUUUGCAGUCAGUCUGGAGCCACCAUUGGAUGCGAGAUUAAGGCCUGCAUCAAGACUUAUCAUUACCACUGUGGAGUACAAGACAAAGCGAAGUACAUUGAGAAUAUGUCGCGAGGGAUUUACAAGCUUUACUGUAAAAACCACAGUGGGAACGACGAGCGCGACGAAGAGGAUGAGGAGCGAGAAAGCAAGAGCCGCGAAAAAUCAGUGGCGGACCUUGGCAGCGUUCCCCAGCAGCAGCUGAAUGGAAACUAGGUUCAAGCGACAUGGUUGAAACUGGGAAUAAGACAUCCAAAACUACUAACCUUUCUCGGUUUAUUCCCCAACAACAACAACGACAACAACAAAAUACUUUAUAAAAACAGAAUGGGGUUAGUAAGGGUUUUUUUGGGGUUUUUUUACGACCGGCCUGUUAGAAAUGUCACGGACCUGCCUGAAACGUUCCUGUGUGAGUGAGCCUUUGGUGAGCAGCAGAGGUUCUCCCCCCCCCCCCCCCCUUUUAUAAUUAAACCUGUUGAUAUUAUGUAGUUAGUCUGCAGAGAGAGAGAGAGAGAAAGAUAAACAUAGGAAGGUCUGCAAAACAGAUCCUUGUGCAACCGAGACGGAGGCAAGGCAAACAGCUUGACUCUUCUUUGGGAAACGACAGGCGCUGGAAAGGUUUGGACAGACAAUCGGGGAGAGAGUUGCUCUGCUCCUGGACUCUGCUUUGGGCUCUUCCCAUUAUGGACGCCUCGCAUCCAAAGCCAGAGACCUCAAGCUGCCAUUGACUUUGAGCUGCGAUCUUCAGCACUCAACGUCAAAGGGUUGUAGUUUGUUCCUUUCUGUUCCGUAUGGGAAACAUGCUUCCGUUGGCAUACUCCAGCGGCCUUUUCCUGUUUUCUCGCCUUUUUCACUUUCAACUGAAGGAUGCUGCCGCAUUUGGAAACUGCAUUAUAUUCCCCCAUUUAUAUCUCCCUCUGGAAUUUAGCCACCUUUCUUGGGACAUCAUACCUCAAAUGCCCUGUGCUGUGUGGGAACACAUCAUGUUUUUCUCCAAAUACACACACACACACACACAGAUCCUGUAUGCUGUAAGGAAGAAUACAGAAUGAGACUCUGGAUAUGUACUGUUUUUCAAAGAGGUCAAUAUUUAUUUGAAGCCUUGCGGACCACUAGACGGGAAUGUUUUUGAGGAUUUGAAGAAGGUUGCAAUGCCAACCCAACACUCUCCUCGGAGCUGGAUUCGCUUAAAAUGAUGCCAAGUCUUAAUAAUCCCUGGAUUCCUGGUCCUCUGUUCCAUGGGUUUUUCCCUGCCUAUACUUCGCAAAUUUCUUCUCUCUUGGAUUUGGAGGCCUAGCAGCAUCGGAAGGACAAUCGGAGAAGAUUCCUUUGCAGUUGAAUAAAGGAAUAAAAAGAAAAUUGCCUUUUUCGCGACAAUGUUCAAGAUUUCUGGAACCUUGUUUUGUUUUUCUCCACUUUUCUUUCUUUUCUUUUUUUUUUGUCGUAUUGAGGGACUCGACUCUUGUGUAUAAAGACUCCAAAAAAGGAGGACUCUUGGACUUCGAUCCCAUUCAGGUUUGGAAAACGUUCCUGGAAGAAUGCCGUUUUAGUAGGAAAGUUGUGUAUAAAGGAAAUUAAACAAUAAAUCUGUUAACUUACUCUUA